CCGGUCAGUGUCUCAGCCCCUGGUCAGCGCCUCAGCUCCCGAGGUUAUCCCGCUGAGCUGGAGCAAGCCCAUGACUGAGCAGGGAGACUGUUGCCACUACAGGUGCAAGUCAGACUGAGGAGUACAGCACAAUGGCUUCCAUCUCCGAGCGCACCUUCAUCGCCAUCAAACCCGACGGGGUCCAGCGGGGCCUGGUGGGAGAAAUCAUCAAGAGGUUUGAACAGAAAGGAUUCAAACUGGUGGCCAUGAAAUUAAUACACGCCUCUGAAGACCUUCUGAGGGAACACUACAUUGACCUAAAAGACCGUCCCUUCUAUGAUGGUCUGGUGCAGUAUAUGCAUUCUGGACCUGUUGUAGCUAUGGUGUGGGAAGGUCUUAAUGUCAUUAAGACUGGAAGAGUGAUGCUGGGGGAAACUAAUCCAUUUGAUUCAAAGCCUGGCACUAUUCGUGGUGACUUCUGUGUUCAAGUUGGAAGGAACAUCAUUCAUGGGAGUGAUUCUGUAGAAAGUGCUGAAACAGAGAUCAGUUUGUGGUUCACUCCUGAAGAACUGGUUGAUUACAGAAGCUGUGCUCACGAAUGGAUCUAUGACUAGAACUGAGCCUACAUCAUUUAACAUCCCUAACAUCUGUAAACACAUGCUAGCCUCUAGCUAUUUCAAAGCCCUUCAGAUGAAUUGGUAGAAACUUACCUCAGAAAACUGUGAGAUUAUUCUUUUGUGACUAAAAAUACAGAGUUUGCUGCUGCUUUGUAUCAAGAGCUGUCAGGUAGAGGUGGAAUUAAACUUUUAAAAAGCUGCUUCUGAGAUUGAGAGGUAUGAGACUAAAGCACAGAGAAGUAAACCAUUCAUUGGUAAUGACAUAGAAUGCAUAUAUUUUCCUGAAACAUGCUGUAGUCAUAGAGGAUAUUUUGGUAAAUAGAAAAAAGAAUGGUAAAACUUAUUUGGUAAAUAAAUAUGCCAAUGGCUCAGUGUCAAAGUUUAACUUUGUUAAAAUGUUAGGGGUCA